UCGCGCACGCAGAGCGGGAAAAUCUGACUAGACCGCGGUGCGCCUGCCCGGGGAGCUCCGCAGCGAUGGAGGAGACGGAGGCGGAGGAGCAGCGGCAGUUCUCUCACCGGCAGAGGCUAAAGGCAGCAGUUCACUACACAGUCGGCUGUCUGUGCAACGAAGUGGCCUUGGACAAACAGGUGCAGUUCAACAAGCAGACCGUGGCGGCCAUCGCGGAGGUGACUUUCCGACAGUGCGAAAAUUUUGCCAAAGACCUUGAGAUGUUUGCCAGACACGCGAAAAGAAGCACAGUUACCACUGAGGACGUGAAGCUCUUAGCCAGGCGGAGUAAUUCACUGCUAAAAUACAUCACAGAGAAAAAUGAAGAGAUUGCUCAGCUCAACCUAGAGCGAAAGGCCAAGAAGAAAAGGAAGCCAGAGGAUGAGAGCAGUCACUCCAGGGAGCCCGAUGCUGAAGUGGUGGACAGUGAAAGUUAAUCACUUCUCUUCCCAGAGACGUGUGCCCACCACCAAGGGCCGUCUGCGGGAUAAGUAGAGACGUCUAAAGGAAACGCGUGACUGCACAGCUUUUCAUGCUGCCAGUUUCAAGAAUCUAAUGGCGGCUUCCUGCAGAGUGUCCGCGUGCUGUCCCCGGCACAGGCGAGGCUGGCAUCUGGAUGGCACACUGGCAUUGUGGCUAAGGCUGAUGGCUCGUGUUAACAGUUAGACCUGCUGGGUUUGGGGUGAGCCGUCCUUCACUGCCUACUUUCUAGGCCAAGUGACGGUCUCUGAACAGUGAAUAAAGCUGUUUCCUUA